AUGGGUCGCAUGGACAAUAUUGGCAAAAUGGAGAAAAUUUACGUAAGUCCGCGGUCGAUAAGUUUUGAUGACUAAAAAAAGAGAAGCGCGCGGCGUUUAGGUAUUUAAUAUCGGUGUCGGUAAAAAACAAAAUAAAACAAACAUGCCAAGACUUUUCGCACCGCCUAGUACUAUAUGCGACCUAUAAAGCUCUAAAAUACCGGUCUGUCGGGAAAAUAAUGUGGAUUUGUCGCAGCGAAAUUUCUGGUCCUGUCGCAACCCAAGUCUCUAGCCGUCACAAAGCGAGCGAUUUGAAGGCCCGACAAAUCCACAUUAUUUUCCCGACAGACCGAUACCUCAAAUCCCAGCCGUUGCAAAGCGAGGAUGAGCGAUUUCAGGGCCCCACAAAUCCACAUUAUUUUCCCGACAGACCAGUGUUUUAGAGCUUUUUAGCCUUUCGGGAAAAUAAUGAGCACAAUGUCGCUGAGCGGAUCGCUUUUUGCUGAAGUGAAAGGCGAUUCACGUCAAUCCAGCGCAUUUCCUGAACGUUUCGAAACUUCGUACCGUUUUCAUUGGUUUAAAAGAGAGACGAAAUGUCGCGAAAUUAUCGGCACUUUUUCUCGGCCGAAAUAAUUGUUUUUUUCUCGAAAAGGAAGAAGAAAGAUAAGAAAAUGUGUUUUAUCGGAUUUUGAACGAAUCACCAAAAAAGGGGCGGGAAAUUUUUUCUUCUAUUUUGGAUUGACGUGCGAUUUGAUUUCCACCGCGACACAAUUCAUUUUCCCACCGGCGAUGCCAUUUUCGAUGCGACAGAAUGCUCAUUAUUUUCCCGACAGACUGAUUUUUUUUGGCGACCCGUUUGGCAUAGCGACAUUGUGCCCUAACUCGUGCUUUCCGGGAUAACCAAGACUUUUAGGCUCCAAUAUGGCCAAAUCUUGACAUUUUUUGUGACUUUAUUCAUAAAAUUUUUUUUCAACAGUUUUUUUGCGCAAAAUUAGCCGCCGUUAUUUUUCCGACAAAAGCAAAGUGCAAGUAAUGAGAGAGAAACUCUUUUUUUAAAUUUUUGGUCCCACCACGAAAACUUGAAAAUCUCCAAAACACAAAAAUUCCUGUUUCUAAGCCAAAGAAAACCCUCCUUUAUGACAAAUUCAACGUUUGUUUAGAGUUUUAACCACCAAUCGCUUAAAAUUUUCAGCUAAAAGGCGAGAUGGACUUCAAAAUCGACCGCUUCCUCUCGAACGGCCUCAGCGAGCGGGUGAGCCCGGAAUUUGAGCUUAUUCCCUUUGCCAAUUCAACUCCAAUCUCUCCCAUCUCAGCGCGCAAAAUCUACUGUCAUCUGGUCAUCUAUCCGAACGGGGACGGGCCAAAAACGCGGGGCAAGAUCUCGGGAUUCGUCCGAUUUUCGCAUUUACCGCGCGACUUUCUGGUCGAAACCUGGCUGGAACUGCGCGCCGGCGAGACUCGAUGGACCUCGAACAUGAUGUUCGAGUCGCAGGGCGAGAAGUCGUGGGGAUGCGAGACGUUGGCGGAGCGGAAUGAGGUGGUGAAUGCGGUCACAAAGGACGAAGUCAAUGUGAAAUGCGUGGUGGAGCUGUUUGGGGAAUAA